AUGCAGACGGAGGCGAGGGUGGGGAUGGCCGCCGCCACGAUGGACGGCAGCGGCGCCGCCGCGGCCGCCGCGCGGAGGUACACGACGCAGCAACAGCAGGCGCAGGCUCAGCUGCAGCACCACCAGCCCCAGCUCGGGACUGUGCCCCACCUCCUCGCCGGCGGCGUCGCCGGCGCAGUCAGCAAGACCUGCACCGCCCCGCUCGCACGCCUUACCAUCCUCUUCCAGGUACAAGGAAUGCACUCAGAUGUGGCUACAAUGCGCAAUACUAGCAUAUGGCAUGAAGCAUCCCGCAUUGUCUAUGAAGAAGGUUUUUGGGCUUUCUGGAAAGGGAACCUUGUUACCAUUGCCCACCGAUUGCCUUACUCGUCAAUUAGUUUCUAUGCCUAUGAGAGAUACAAGAGUUUGCUUCAGAUGCUACCGGGUCUUGAGAAGAAUGGUGGAUUUGGUGCAGACGUUGGUGUUAGAUUGCUAGGUGGUGGUUUAUCAGGAAUCACUGCAGCUUCGAUGACGUAUCCACUGGACUUGGUGCGAACACGUCUUGCUGCUCAGACAAAUACUGCGUACUACAGGGGCAUAUCUCAUGCUCUUUAUGCGAUCUGUAGAGAUGAGGGUGUCAGGGGAUUGUACAAGGGUCUUGGUGCCACUUUACUGGGAGUGGGCCCCAGCAUUGCAGUAAGCUUCUGUGUGUAUGAAACUUUACGUUCCCAUUGGCAAGUAGAGAGGCCAUGUGAUUCCCCUGUCCUAAUCAGUUUGGCUUGUGGAAGUCUUUCAGGAAUUGCAUCGUCAACUUUUACAUUCCCAUUGGAUCUUGUGAGACGUCGCAUGCAAUUGGAAGGAUCAGCCGGGAGGGCUCGUGUCUACCAGACAGGACUUUUUGGAACCUUCGGACAUAUUGUUCGCACGGAGGGUUUUAGAGGCCUGUAUAGAGGAAUCUUGCCUGAGUACUGCAAAGUGGUUCCUGGUGUUGGCAUCGUAUUUAUGACAUAUGAGAUGCUUAAGGCCAUCCUCACAGGACUGGAAUCUGAUGAUUAG